GUCCCUGCUACGGUGGAUGCCCUGCAGCCCGUCAUCAACAUCGUGGUUCUCCAGCUGCUGAGUUACCACCUGACUGUGCUGCGGGGCUUGGAUGUCGAUCAACCGCGAAACCUUGCGAAGUCCAUAACAGUCACGGAAGAGAUUUUGCCUGCGUGA